AUGAAGCUCAGCUCCCUCAUUGCAUCGCGGCCUCUUUUCAUCUUCAUCCUUCUGGCAAUUGGAGUGUUGCUACUUCCAUGUGUAGUGAUCCCAAGUUGGUAUAAGAUCGUUCAACAUAUGAAGGAAAACGUUGAGUUCAAUGCUGACAUUUUUCGCUCUGGAUUGCUAUCUCAAAUUGACAGCACUGCUAAAUUGUUGCAUCCAAUUAAUUCUUCUGCAACGAAUUCAGCAAGAAUUUUGAGUUCAUCUCUCAAUGGAAGUGCUCCUUCUCAGUCUAACCUCCAAAAUAAGGUUGCUCCGAUGUUAUUUCAAACAUUUUCAGUAAUUCCUCGUGUAUCGCAGAUUUCAUAUAUUGGAUUGGAAGGUUCUUUUUUCGCUUACUAUCGUGACGGCAACCAGACUUUUGCAAUGUACUUUAACUCUUCAAGUUCCCUAAAUGAGCCAAUGAAAUACGCUUGGUAUAAGCAACCUGUAGACCCAGAUACAGGGAAACUAUAUGGAGACGCCAUUGAAUCCCGGUUUAACGUCUUGGCUAAUGGAAGCUGGAUUCAAGAAGCCUUGAAUAGUGCUAAUGGGUAUGCUUCGUUAGCAAAGGGAUGGAACAGUGCACAAGAUCUUCUAUUUCUUAAUUCUGUAAGCAUAAAUGGACAAGGGAUUAUCUCCUUGGGGUUUCCAGUUAAGGCAUUGAUCGGUUUCUUCAAGGGUGUUGAUCUUCAUGGCGGAAGCUUGUAUUUGGCUACACAACAUGGGGAAAUGCUUGCAGAUGGGUUACCAGGCACUCAAAUGGUGGUAUUUGGAAAAUCAGUUUCCUUCAACUUAAUGAAACCGAAUGGUGAUCAAAUAUAUAUUGGAGAUGUUACAUGCGUGCCCAACAAUAGCAUGCCAAGACCUUCGAUUUUGAACUUUGGGGAAACGAAGUAUAGGGUUUUCUGUUCUCCACUUGAAAUUGUGGGAGUGCAAUCGGUAUAUGCAUUGGCUUUCCCAUACUAUGGAUUUGUGAGUAACGUUAGCAGGAACACCAAAGUUGCUCUCAUUCUAUUGAUGGUAAUGAUCGCUGCAGUCUUCAUCUCUAUUCUCAGUUUCGUAUUGUUAAUGGUUAGGCCUGCAACUAGAGAUAUACGCUUGUGUUCAGCAUUGAUAAAACAAAUUGAAACAACUCAACAAGCAGAGAGAAAGAGUAUAAAUAAGAGUCUUGCUUUUGCUAGAGCUAGCCAUGAUAUUCGUGCUGCCCUAGCAGGAAUUACUGGGUUGAUAGAGAUAAGCUAUGAAGAAGUGUCUCCAGGUUCUGAAUUACAAACAAAUUUAUUGCAAAUGGAUGAUUGUGCAAAGGACCCAGUAGGUUUGUUGAAUUCUGUUCUUGAUACAAGCAAGAUGGAAUCUGGAAAGAUGCAGGUUGAAUCGGAAGAAUUUGAUUUGGCCCACCUUCUUGAAGAUGUAGUUGAUUUAUUUCAUCCAGUGGGUAUGAAGAAAGGUGUAGUUGUUGUGUUAGAUCCCUGUGAUGGAUCUGUUCUUAAAUUUUCUCAAGUAAAAGGCGACGGGGGAAAGCUGAAACAAGUCCUCUGUAAUUUACUGAGCAAUGCUGUCAAGUUUACUUCUGAAGGGCACAUAGUAGUUCGAGCAAAGGCACGAAAGCCUGGUUUAGAAAACAAAAUAAUUUAUUCCAAUCGGAACAAUUUGUGGAACCGUCUUUCUUGCUGGUUUACUGAUAAAAAAGAAGAUGACGAUGUGGAAGCCAUGAAUUCAGUGAAGCAAAAUCCCAACUGUGUGGAAUUUGUGUCUGAAGUGGAUGACACAGGUAAAGGAAUUCUCAAAGAGAAAGAAAAAUCUGUCUUUGAAAAUUUUGUUCAAGUCAAAGAAACUGCUCUCGGGGAAGGAGGGACUGGCUUAGGACCUGGAAUUGUUCAGUCUUUGGUACAUUUGAUGGGUGGAGAGAUAAAAAUUGUGGAAAAAGAGAACAGAGAGAAGGGAACUUGCUUCAGGUUCAAUAGUUUCCUUGUUGCAUUAGCUGAGACUCCUUCAACUAGUAAUACAAUGGCGGGCGACAAUGAAAUGGGAUCCUAUAACACACAUCAAAACACAGUUUCUACUCCGAGGCUUAACAUCCGUGACCCCAGUCCUCCGCUGUCCAAACUUGGUUCUAGUCCCAAGUUUGAAGGAUCCCAUGUUGUUCUCUUGAUUCAAAAUGUUGAACGGUGUAGAAUCGUACAUAGAUUUAUGAAGAGCUUGGGGAUAAAGGUCUCGGUUGUGAGCAAAUGGGAACGCCUUUAUUCUACACUAGCAAAGAUAAAAUCCAAGCACAAUGUUUCACCUUACAGCUCUUCUGGAAGAUCAGAAUUUGGCUCAAGGAGUGAAAUUUCUAGCAGCAGAUCCAAAGAUGUUCCUUUAUAUGCCUUGGAUGGGAUUGAACAAAGACUACCUUCUCAUAGAAGGUUUUUGCUGCUUGUGAUUGAUGCUAGUGCUGGACCAUUUCAAGAACUUCAUGGCGCUGUAACUGAAUUUAGAAGAGGCCUUCGCCAAGCUUGUUGCAAGGUUGUUUGGUUAGAUAAACCGCCUUCUCGUAGCAUCAAUCCUAGAAGCCUUGAAGAGCACAUGAUCCAUCCAGACGAUGAUAUUUUGCGGAAACCGUUUCAUGGCUCUCGCUUGUAUCUAGUAAUUAAACUUCUACCAGAAUUUGGGGGUACCUUGCACCAUGGAGUUCCAUCAGCAAAACCCAAGAAAGAAUGUGCAUUUCGAAAAGGAAAAGCUGUCAAAGAUCCUGGAACAGCAUCUGUAAUGCAUUCACAUAGCCGACAAAGAUCAGCAACUCCUCAAUCUUAUGCACACUCGCUUCGCGAUGGGGACCUAGUAACAAAAAGCAGCUCAAGGAGUGGAAAACACGGGAAAUCAAAACAUUAUCCAGCUAGAAGACAUUCAGUUGGGCCCUCCGAGAUAGAAGAAGAGGAAGAGGAACUAAUAUCACAUGGUAACCAAAGCAGUGACAAACCUUUGCGUGGGAUGAGAUUUUUGGUUGCUGAAGAUAAUCCGUUUUUAUGCAAGAUAGCCAUGAUUAAUCUUUUGCGACUCGGUGCAUCUGUUGAGCUUUGUCACAAUGGAGAGGAAGCUCUACAAUUAGUCCGGCUUGGUCUACAAGACCCAAGGAAACAAGAAGCUUCCCCAAUUUCCCCAUAUGAUUAUAUAUUAAUGGACUGUGAGAUGCCAAUAAUGAAUGGGUAUGAAGCAACAAGACAGAUAAGGGAGGAGGAGAGAUCUUUUGACAUUCACAUACCCAUUAUAGCAUUAACAGCACACGCUUCAGGUGAUGAAGAGGAGAAGAUGAGGAAAGCAGGAAUGGAUCACCAUAUGCGCAAACCACUAGAAAGAGAACUCUUGCUGGAAGCCAUUAGACACAUUUAUUACAGAUGAAGGUAUCAGAUGGUGCAUCUCAAAUCUCAUUUCUCCUUAACGUUUCUCUUUAUGCAUGCAAUAGUUGUACAUCAUACGCAGGUACAAUAGUAUAUGC